AUGGAAAACAUCGCUAGACAGUCUGUGAGACUGUGCCCGUUCAUGAACAAGACUGCUUCGUCGUUGAGAAAUGUCAAGAGUCUUCAACAGUCCAGUGUGUCCAAAAUGGCCCAAAAAUGUCCAUUUAUGGGUCAGGCAAUGCAAAAGGCACAUUUGGCUACAGCGGCAGCUUCAGGCGCUGCGAGAGCUGUUGGCAGCGCUAGCACUUCAACAGGUCGCGGGGAAGCUGCACAGGACAUGCUAAUGACAGAUCAUGCGACUCAGGAGUCCAAGUUCGAUUAUGAGGGGCUUUUUGAGCAUGAAGUGCGCAAAAAACGAGUCGACAAAUCGUACCGGUUUUUCAACAACAUCAAUCGGCUGGCUAAGGAAUUUCCAAUGGCUCACCGCCAAGAGGAGCAGGAUAAAGUGACCGUGUGGUGUUCCAACGAUUAUUUGGCACUUUCCAAGAACCAGCAGGUUGUGGACGUGAUGAAGAAAACUUUGGACAAAUAUGGCGCUGGAGCCGGUGGAACCAGAAAUAUUGCUGGUCACAACCAGCACGCUUUGAGACUCGAGGCCGAGGUUGCUGCACUUCACAAAAAAGAGGGUGCGUUGGUGUUUUCUUCUUGUUUUGUUGCCAAUGACGCGGUUAUCUCUUUGUUGGGACAAAAAUUGAAAGAUUUGGUCAUUUUUUCGGAUGAACUUAACCACGCGUCUAUGAUUGUUGGGAUCAAACACGCUUCCACGACCAAACACAUUUUCAAACACAACGACCUAAACCAUUUGGAAGAAUUGCUUGCUAGCUACCCUAGAUCGACCCCCAAAUUGAUUGCAUUCGAGUCUGUUUACUCUAUGUCCGGGUCUGUUGCUGAUAUCGGCAAGAUUUGCGACUUAGCCGAAAAAUACGGUGCUUUGACGUUUUUGGAUGAAGUCCAUGCUGUUGGUUUGUAUGGUCCUCACGGUGCUGGUGUGGCCGAACAUUGCGAUUUUGAAGCCCACCGCGCUGCUGGUAUUGCAUCUCCUGAUUACACCACGGUUAUGGACCGGGUCGACAUGAUUACAGGUACUCUUGGUAAGUCAUUUGGUACUGUAGGAGGCUACGUGGCCGGCUCACAGCGUCUAAUUGACUGGCUGCGGUCUUAUGCACCGGGAUUCAUCUUUACUACCUCUUUGCCUCCUGCCGUCAUGGCAGGUGCGGCGGAGGCCAUCAGAUUCCAGCGUUCCCAUUUGGAAUUGAGACAGGAACAGCAGAGACACACAGCCUACGUGAAGCAAGGGUUGGCCGAUCUUGACAUCCCUGUGAUUCCAAACCCAUCCCACAUUGUCCCCAUCCUCAUUGGGAACCCAGAUUUGGCCAGGCAGGCCUCUGACAUUUUAAUGGACAAACACAGAAUCUACGUCCAGGCCAUUAACUUCCCUACUGUGGCCAGAGGCACCGAAAGACUUCGCAUUACUCCUACACCCGGACACACCAACGACCUGUCAGAUAUUUUACUAGAUGCCGUUGAUGACGUUUUCCACACCUUACAAUUGCCUCGUGUGAGCGACUGGGAGAGACAAGGGGGAUUAUUGGGAGUAGGUGAAGCUGAUUAUGAAUGUGAAUCCAACUUGUGGACUCAAGAACAACUACAACUUACAAAUGACGACCUACAGCCAAAUGUUAGAGAGCCCAUUAUCGAUCAGUUGGAGGUUUCUUCCGGGCUUCGUUUGUAA